AUGUCAAGCCCACAAAUGAACGAAUUUUUUGAAAACGAUGGCUAUUUAACACCUCCAAGAAGAGUUACUGGUAAGAAAUUGAGAUGGCCAAGCGCUGCUAAAUCUUCAAAUAAAAAAACUCCUAUACAAGUUUUGAUACUUAAUGACAUAGAUGAAGAUUUCUCAGGAUUUUUUAAUCGAAAGCCGUUAUUUCCUCCUAAAGAGCCUAUAGAUUUAGUUCCAGACCUCCCAGAUCCUGAAGAAAAACCUCAGCUAAACCCUAAUUUAUUUAGACUUACACCUACAAAAGUUUAUUAUGAAACCCCAAACCCAGAAGUUUUCCAUCAUCUUUCUAAUAAAAUCCAGUCCUCAAUAUCAGAAGCUUUACAAAUAUUCUUUAUUUAAUUAAAUGUAAUAAAUUAUAUCGUAUUUAUUUAAAAUUCUAAUCAAUUUACCAUAUCUUAAUUUCAGACUUCAAAAAUUCCCCUCGAAAAAAAGAUGUAAUAGUCCCAAAUGACCGAAUUGGAGGCUCCAUCUAUGACACUACAAAUAACAUGUCUCAUGCUGUGCAAAAUCUCGGCCAAGUUUCCCACACCCUCAACGUUCUUGCUCACUCUAUAUCCAAACUAUCAAAAUCCUACAAAAGAAACCCAAGAAUGUCCAUCAGCGAGCUGUCUUAA